AUGUCAAAGGUAUGGUAUAUUGAUUGGAACUAUUGUAUUCGUAGGAUGGUUAUCAAAAAGGGACAAACUGGUAGCAACAAACCUAGGGAAAAACGUGUCGAAGUAGCUCGGAAUAGUAAGCCGCAGAAGGGCAAAGAUCAUGUAGUCGACGAAGAAAUGGAAGAAGAUGAUGAAGAGCGAUCGGUGUCUGGGGAUGACAGUGAAGAAUCUGUAUUUGAAGGGGAUGAAUAUGAAGAUGUAGAAGAGGAAGAAUUUGAGGAUGAGUUAGAUGAGGACGAUGAAUUCGAGGAUGAAUUCAGCCAGAGAAAAGUGAAACUUGAGGAGGAAGAAGAUCUAGAAGAAGAAGACGGUGAAUAUAUGGAUGGGGAUGAAGAUGAAGAAGAGGAUGUUGUUGUUCGAGUUCAGAAAAGAGGGAAGACUUUGAAGGAGGUGGGGCUCAAUGCUUUGAAGAAGAAGGCACAUUUGCAGAUGAUGCAGAAGAGGCGUAGAGAGGAGUAUGAUGAUGUUGAAGAGGGAAGGAGACCUGUGAAGAAGACGUUACUCCUGCGAUGA